AUGAAUAUAAAUCAGGAACUUUCUAGAGUAAAAACUCAUUAUAGUAAUUUGCCAAGAUCAUUUUUUGGGUUUCUACCUUUAUAUAUCGGCGUUGAGACAGUUCUAGGUAUUACUAUAUUGAACAAAUGUAGCGGUGCUUACGGUAUAUUAGCUCUUUUCACUGGACAUCCUUUGAAUGUUUUCCAAUGGGUUUCUUAUCUAUGGUCAGUAUUUACCUUAAUAAUAUACUCUCAAGGGUUGUUUCAAGUACACACCCCAUCGUUGUUGACUUAUUCUCAGAUUUUUGUUGUAUUUUCAUUUGAUACCUUUUUAACCUGUGUUUUUACGAUGAUAUUCAGUUCUCAGUGGUUCACAGAAACUGGUUCUGGUAUGUCUGAUGGAAGUGGUGUUGAUGAAUAUGGCCAAGGUGCCUCGGAAACGUACGAAUACACUUUCACGAUUUUGAUUACUGUAGUUGCGCUAGUAAGCAGAAUGUACUUCAAUUUCAUUUUAGCCGCAUUCAAUCAAGAAUUAUUUCUACAUCCAAAAUACAUGGUUGAUUUCGAUGAUGUUGAACAAGAUUUAAAGAAUAAAAACAAGAUUGUACAAUGGUGGAUCAAAAGUAAAAAAAGUUGCUACAAUUUAGCAAGACACAUUUUAACAUAA